GUGACCAGCAGAGGCGUAUGACGUGUGAACCUGAACCGGCGUCUCUCAGCUCUCACUCACAGUCGAGCUGCCAUUUUGAUACGUAAAAAAUAUCUAGCUCUAUAUCUCGUGUUUCUUUAAAAAAUAUAAUUAAGAAAAAAAAAUUGUUAAGUAUAAAAAGUGUCGAGUUUAAAAAUGCCGUUAAAAAAGAUAGAACGAAACGUUCAAACAGAAUAUCGUACAUGGAAAUUAAAAAAUAUAAGUGAAACAUUCGCAAAAGUAGAUACGUGCAAGAUUGAUUCUUCAGUGGGUCCUGUCGAAGAGACUUACUUCUUUUCUACAAAUUUUCAAGAUCAUGAAAUUGACUGGUACGUCAAGUUGGAUUUUCGUCAUAAUGAAUUGCGUUCUGGAUUCCAGAUAUUAUUCGACGCUGUUGAAGAAUUAAAACCUAAGAAUCAUGUCACCUGUAAUUUUUACCUGGUCGACGCCGACGAUAAUAAGUUUUUCAUUGGACGUAAGAACCGGAAAUUUGAUUCGACUUAUUAUUAUGGACCUGAAGUUGGUUACAGCAUUAUUCUUAGUCAGAGCGAAUUACCAAACACUGAAGAUAAAUUAUUGCCCAAUGAUACCAUGACAUUGUUGAUCGAACUCAACAUUUACUUGGAUGAUAAUCCUAUAUUUCCUUUAGAAGAAUUAAUUUAUCAAAUUAAACAAGUUUUGAAUUUAGAUGAUAUCUCGCAUUUGUAUCCACUUAAAGGUGACGGUGACAUUAAGAUUUAUGUGCAAGGUGUUGAAUUUUCAGUCCAUAAAACUGUUAUAGAAAUACGAUGUCCGACACUAUCUAAAAUUAUUGCUGGUCAUCAACAAAUGUCUGACAACAAUGAUAACCAAUUGGUUGUUACGGAUAUCAAGCCAGAAAUAUUUGAAAAAGUUUUAGAACAUAUCUACACUGGGAAAGUCAAAGAUUUGGAUGAUCAUGCAGAAUCUUUGCUAGAAGCUGCUUCGAAAUAUGAAUUAUUAAGACUACAAUAUAUGUGUGAAUUAUCCCUCGUCAACCACUAUCUUACUUACGAAAGCGCUAAAGAGGUUAAAAAAUUGGCUGUUCGUUGUGAUGCCGUUAUGUUAGCUAUAAACGCAGAAUUAAUAAUGAGUGAGUCACUCAUUUCACAAAUAGAUUUUUCUUGUACACGUGAUGGUACACUGAUUGUAACAAGACCCAGUGGUAAAAAAAAGGUGUAUGAAAACCGUUUUGAAAAACCUAUACCGAAGGGAAUUAAGAUUGUACCAGACAGAUUGUCUUUGCAUCACUAGAUGGCAAUUCAUUUAUUCAUCUCAGCAAGUGUAUAGCCGCAUGUACGACCUUUUACACUUUUUGCCUUUACAUCGCAACUGCUUCCUUUCUUUAUCUGCUUUUCAUUGUGCGGCUGUGGCCCGACUUGUGCUUAUACUGUACUGUACCAUUACGGUGAUACCCUAUCCUCCACCUUGGCUGUGGGGGUAUAGGGGCAAGGGAAACCACAGAGAAAACCAUUGCCAGUACAGUUCGGUUUGGGUGAGGCUUCAGUGAUCGGUAAAAUUCCCAUUUUACCGAUCACUGGAUCUUCAUCCCGAACGCCCAGAGACCUCCGAUCGAGCUCAACGCGUGGCUAAGCGGUUACCCAGCCAAGUUGCGACCAUGCUCGGUGCUGCUUAACUUCGGUGAUCGCCCGAGCCACACGAGAACCGAUCGGCUGUCUCUGCCGCUCCAACUUGUAACGCAUUGGACGAAUUGCAUUUAGACGACCCAUUAAAUCUAGUAGACUCGAUGCACCGAGUCACCAACUCUCCAAUAAGCAAUUUAAUAUCUGCGGGUCUCGCGAGCUCUGGAUUACUCGAUAGUUCUGCGCCAAUUAAUAUUCCCGGUAUGGCUAAGCGCUCGGUUUUAUCGAAUUCUUCACCUUCUACGUCUAGUCCACUACAGCAUUUACAAUCCGCUGGAUUUUUAACUGAAUUAAGAUUUUCCCAUCAAGAUCCAAUUGAAUCGACGAUGCCAUUUUUAAGUCAUUCAGUAUCAGAUCCAUUUUCUAAUCAUAUAUCUCAAUUAAGUAGCUCGACAUCAAAACUCAGCGGUUUCAAUAGUAGUCAAUUUGAUUUGCAAAUCAAGGAUUAUCGCCAUCGCGUACACAGCCAUUAGGAGCAUCACCACUUGUUAAUGGAUUUUCAAUAAACCCUAGCAAUUCUGGAUCACUGUCAGAAAAAUCCACUUUGUCUCUCCCUCCUGUUUAUUAUUACUUGUAAAGGGAAAAGUAAGUUGAACAGUGGUAAAUACAAGGCAAUAAGUUGCAUGUUCAGAGGGUGAGAGAAGAGUUGACUUCAAGUUGCGCUCAACUGGCUACUUGGGAUGAGAGGAUAAAUCAAGCACGUGCCGCUUGCUCGGCUUGGCAAUUGGAGAGUGAACAGGCUAAAAGAAAAGCGUCAGUUGCGGAACAACAGCAAGAUGAGGCACUGAUGCAAGUAAAAGCACUGAAAAUGAGAAUGAAGCAGCUUCCUCAAAUAGCAGUUCACAUAUUCAUUCAAUGAAUUAGUAAUGAGCUAAGAAAUUAGUCAAUAAGCGCAUUGAAAUCCAUUCAGUCACAGAAACAUCAAUAUAAGUUUCAGUAAUAAGUAAUUACUGGUUUAUUAUGUGUUUUGCACGCCUCAUAAGCGAAGCGUUUUUUUGUAUUGUUUUUGUCAAGCAAUUUUUUUUUGUAUUGUUUUUGUCAAGCAAUUUUUUUUUUUAUUGUAAGUUUAAAUUUUUUUUUUCAAAUUAUUGAUAUGAGAGUGUAUUAGGUGCUAAAAUUAUUAUUAAAUAUAUUUUAUUUAGCGCUUUAGAGAAAUUAAUUAAUUAAUAUUAUUUUAAUAAUGAUUGACAGAUUAUAUAAAUAAAUUUGUAAAUAAUUU